AUGUCUUUACCAAAAAGAAUAAUCAAGGAGACUGAACGUUUAAUACAGGAACCAGCUCCUGGUAUAAGUGCAAUACCACAUGAAGAAAACCUUCGAUACUUUGAUGUUAUUAUAGCUGGCCCAACUCAGUCACCAUUUGAAGGUGGAGUUUUUAAAUUGGAACUAUUUCUUCCUGAGGAAUAUCCAAUGGCACCACCUAAAGUACGUUUUAUAACUAAAAUAUAUCAUCCAAAUAUUGAUAAACUUGGAAGAAUUUGUUUAGAUAUUUUAAAAGACAAGUGGUCACCAGCUUUACAAAUUCGUACUGUACUUCUUUCUAUACAAGCACUUUUAUCUGCUCCAAAUCCUGAUGAUCCACUUGCUAAUGAUGUUGCACAACAUUGGAAAGAAGAUGAAAAGGCUGCAAUUGCAACAGCUCGAGAUUGGACUAGGAGUUAUGCUCAAGGUUAA